AUGUCAUUUCUUGACGAAAUCUCGAAAUUAACUACUCCGGCAGCAGAAUUGCCGGAUGUCGAAGACGACGAUUAUGAUGGAACCAAAGCAAAAAAGUCAUCGACUUCCGUUUCUAAACUACGCCCGAAAUUAGAUUUCGAAGAGGGAAAGUAUUCGGGAAAGAGGAUAAAUCGAGCUGAUUUGUUUGGAGAUUCAAGUGAAAUGAGCGGCCUGAGCAAAUUAAAUGAAUCUGAAAGUGACGAUGACGAAGAGUUUGAAGGAGAAGACGAAGAAGAAGAAGAGGACGAUGAUAACCAGGAGAAUCAAAUUUCAAAAAAUGGAGACCAAGAAAAUAGUGAUGAUGAAGAGAUGGAGGAUGAAGAAAAUGAAUCGGGAAAUGAGGACGAAGAAGACGAGGAAGAUGAUGAGGAUGAUAACACUGGAAUCACCAAAAUCCAUGUUCCUACUGAUAAUGACGCCACAAAAGAUAAAGCGGAAUGUAUUCGAAACCAAAGAAAGGUUUGGGAAGACGUCAUGUACACCAAUAUUCGAAUGCACGCCCUUUUAAAUUCCGUUAAUCAAUUACCACGAGGAGAAGAAAGGAAAAAAAUGUUGAAUGAGGCGGAUGACGUUACGAAAGAAAAUCUAAACACUGCUCUUCAAAAUCUAGGAAAAUUACGGAAAUUAUUGAAAGAAGCUGUUGAAUGUUUCAAUGAGAAUUCUCAAGAAGACGAUGACGAUGAAGAGAUUCCAAGUGACGAUGAGAUGGAGGAAAAUGACGAAAGCGAAAUUGACGAUGAAGAGGAUGAAGGGGAAUCAGACGACGAAGAGAAGGUUGCAAAGGGCUCGAAUCAAGGUGUCAGCAUAGAUGCACUAUCAAAAUUCCUGGCCAAACAUGAUACUGAUAUCGACAAAUUUAGGGCGACGACGAUCACAAAAUGGUAUAAUCGGACGAAGCUGCUCAGCUCGAAAUCGGCGAAUAAUGCGGAUUUCAGUGUUUUUGAGAAAGGAAGUAUUCUGAAUCAGAUUUCUAAGAUUCUAAAUGAUGAAGGAAAAUUGCUAAGAAAGGUUCGUACGAAUCGAGGAGGCCGUCAACGAAUGGGUCUCGACGAGACAAACAAUGACGUUGACGAUGAAAUCUUCGACGACACCGACUUUUACCAGUUUCUGCUCAAGCAAAUGAUUGAAGCUCGAUCCAGCACUGUGAACACCAACGAAGACGGAGCGGAUAUGACGAGAAGCUACAUGGAAUUGCAGAAAAUGUUCAAUAAUAAGAAGAAACGCGAUGUGACAUCGCUUUCAUCUAAAGAUAGACGCCUGAAGUAUGAACCUAUCGCAAGACUUAUUAAUUUUUAUCCUGCGAACCCUGCGGUAGUCACCUGGUCUCAUGAGUCUCGAAACGAAUUGUUUAAAUCUCUAUUUAAUUAA